GGAGUGGUGCAACCUGGAAGAACAGGGAGUACUGCGGCAGCCGGCAGAGCCGCGGAAGAGCAUCGAGUCCUGGGGAGGUAGCAAGGUUUUUUUUCUUGCCGGGUCCUUUUCACCGCAAGUAUCAGAGAGCAGAGGAAGGAGCGAGUUCCACGCGUGAUGCUCCGCUUGAGACCGCGACAUUCCAUCUGAAAAAACCCGAAAAACAAAGAAAGACGUCUUACGGGAAAAAGAGGACAGUCUGACCUUUUUUUAAAAAAAAAAAAAAAGAAAGAAAGAAAAGGCGAGGCAGUCACACACUGACUGAUUCAACGUGAGGGGCUGACACCUCUCAAGCGGUGCAUCACCUGAGAGAAGAAGAAGAAGAAUUGCGCCAUCAUGGGGUAUGGACGUUCAGACAGUUACCGCGUUGCCACCACACAGGACAAAGAUGACCGAUCCCCCAAGAAGAAGAAGGGGGCCAAGGACAUGGAUGACCUGAAGAAGGAAGUGCCCAUUACGGAGCAUAAGAUGUCCAUAGAGGAAGUAUGCAGAAAAUUCCAGACUGAUAUUGUCCAGGGACUGACUAAUGCCAAGGCAGCAGAGUUUCUGCUCCGAGAUGGUCCCAACGCUCUCACCCCUCCGCCCACCACCCCGGAGUGGGUCAAGUUCUGUCGCCAGCUGUUUGGUGGGUUCUCCAUCCUGCUGUGGAUCGGCGCCAUUCUCUGCUUUUUAGCCUACGCCAUCCAGGCAGCCACAGAGGACGACCCUGCAGGCGACAAUUUGUACCUAGGUAUUGUGCUCACAGCUGUAGUCGUCAUCACUGGUUGCUUCUCAUACUUCCAAGAGGCCAAGAGCUCCAAAAUCAUGGAGUCUUUUAAGAACAUGGUGCCACAGCAAGCGCUGGUGAUCCGUGAGGGUGAGAAGGUGCAGAUCAACGCUGAAGAAGUUGUGGCUGGAGAUCUGAUUGAAGUGAAAGGAGGAGACAGGAUCCCUGCUGACAUCAGGGUGAUUUCUGCUCAUGGCUGCAAGGUGGAUAACUCCUCCUUGACAGGAGAAUCAGAACCACAAAGCAGGUCACCUGACUGCACCCAUGACAACCCUCUGGAGACCCGCAACAUUGCUUUCUUCUCCACCAACUGUGUGGAAGGCACAGCACGUGGUCUUGUCAUCUACACUGGAGAUCGCACAGUCAUGGGUCGCAUUGCUACUCUGGCCUCCGGUUUGGACACCGGCAAAACCCCCAUCGCCAAGGAGAUCGAACACUUCAUCCAUAUCAUCACGGGUGUGGCCGUCUUCCUGGGCGUGACCUUUUUCAUCCUGGCCAUCAUCCUGGGUUACACUUGGCUGGAGGCUGUCAUCUUCCUUAUUGGCAUCAUUGUGGCUAAUGUGCCUGAGGGACUGCUGGCCACUGUGACUGUGUGUCUGACUCUGACUGCCAAGCGUAUGGCGAAGAAGAACUGCCUGGUUAAGAACUUGGAAGCUGUGGAAACCUUGGGCUCCACCUCCACCAUCUGUUCUGACAAGACAGGCACCCUGACCCAGAACAGGAUGACUGUAGCCCACAUGUGGUUCGACAACCAGAUCCAUGAGGCUGACACCACAGAGGAUCAGUCAGGUGCUUCUUUCGACAAGAGCUCGGCAACAUGGCAGGCUCUGUCCCGUAUUGCUGCUCUGUGUAACCGUGCGCAGUUCAAAGCCGGCCAAGACCCCGUGCCCAUCCUGAAGCGAGACGUGGCCGGAGACGCCUCGGAGUCGGCUCUGCUGAAAUGUAUCGAGCUGUCCUGCGGCUCCGUCAGGCUGAUGAGGGACAAGAACAAGAAAGUGGCCGAGAUUCCCUUCAACUCCACCAACAAAUACCAGCUUUCAAUACAUGAGACUGAGGAUCCCAAUGACAACCGUUACCUGCUGGUGAUGAAGGGCGCCCCUGAAAGGAUCCUAGACCGUUGUUCAACCAUUGUGAUUCAGGGAAAAGAGCAGCCUAUGGAUGAGGAGAUGAAGGAGGCUUUCCAGAGUGCAUACAUGGAGCUGGGAGGACUGGGAGAGCGUGUACUGGGUUUCUGUCACUUGCUCCUGCCAGAAGACCAAUACCCGAAAGGUUUUGCCUUCGACACAGAUGAUGUUAACUUCCAGACGGAGAACCUUUGCUUCGUUGGCCUCAUGUCCAUGAUCGAUCCUCCUCGUGCUGCUGUGCCAGAUGCAGUGGGAAAAUGCAGGUCCGCUGGUAUCAAGGUCAUUAUGGUCACUGGUGACCACCCAAUCACAGCCAAAGCCAUUGCCAAGGGAGUGGGCAUCAUCUCAGAGGGAAACGAGACAGUGGAGGACAUCGCAGCUCGUCUCAAUAUACCUGUUGCUCAGGUCAACCCAAGGGAUGCCAAAGCUUGUGUGAUUCAUGGCUCGGACCUGAAGGACUUGUCUCAGGACCAGAUGGACGACAUCCUGAGGAAUCACACAGAGAUCGUGUUCGCUCGGACCUCCCCACAGCAGAAACUCAUCAUUGUGGAGGGAUGCCAGAGACAGGGUGCCAUUGUCGCUGUGACGGGUGAUGGUGUGAAUGACUCUCCUGCUCUGAAAAAGGCCGACAUCGGUGUUGCCAUGGGAAUCUCAGGCUCCGAUGUGUCCAAACAGGCUGCAGACAUGAUCUUAUUGGAUGACAACUUUGCCUCCAUUGUCACUGGAGUGGAAGAAGGCCGGUUGAUCUUUGAUAACCUAAAGAAGUCCAUCGCCUACACCUUGACCAGCAACAUCCCAGAGAUUACCCCCUUCCUGUUCUUCAUCAUCGCCAACAUCCCUCUGCCUCUGGGAACCAUCACUAUCCUCUGCAUCGAUUUGGGAACUGACAUGGUUCCAGCUAUUUCCUUGGCUUAUGAAGCAGCUGAGAGUGACAUCAUGAAGCGUCAGCCCAGGAACCCCUUCAGGGACAAGCUUGUAAAUGAGAGGCUCAUCAGCAUCGCUUAUGGACAAAUCGGAAUGAUCCAGGCCUUGGGAGGCUUCUUCAGCUACUUUGUCAUCCUGGCUGAAAAUGGUUUCCUGCCCAGUCGACUUCUUGGCAUCCGACUGGACUGGGAUGACCGCAGUUGCAACGACCUGGAAGACAGCUAUGGACAGCAGUGGACAUACGAACAGAGGAAGAUUGUCGAGUUUACAUGUCACACAGCCUUCUUUGUCAGCAUCGUGGUGGUGCAGUGGGCCGAUCUCAUCAUCUGCAAGACCAGACGUAACUCUGUGUUCCAGCAGGGCAUGAAGAACAAGAUUUUGAUCUUUGGCCUGUUUGAAGAAACUGCGCUGGCUGCCUUCCUAUCCUACUGCCCUGGCAUGGAUGUGGCUCUCAGGAUGUAUCCUCUAAAGCCUUCCUGGUGGUUCUGUGCAUUCCCAUAUAGUUUUCUCAUCUUUGUUUAUGAUGAAGUACGAAAACUUAUCCUCCGCCGGAACCCUGGCGGUUGGGUGGAGAAGGAGACAUAUUAUUGAUCAGUGGAGCGCCUUUGCUCAAGCCCCUUUACAUCUUCUACUCAUCCGUUCUCCCCUUCACUUCAUCCUCGGCAAGACUCAUCUCCAGAUGCCCUCUGCCCCCCUUUUAAAGACAAAACCCGCUUUCAAGCAAUUUCCAUCACAACUGCCCCAAAGAUUAAAAACAGCAAAAGCACCUUUACAACUUUCUACAUUUGCCCUGCGCCCCUUCUCCUUAUCUCCUAUGAUACUCUUUGCAUGUGUUCUCUCACUGCUGUGUACUUAAACCAAUAUAUCUACCAAACGGCAGCUGCAUAUUGUGUAUGUAGAUUUGAAUGAGCUGAUGAUACAGAGGGAGUGUCUAUGCUCUGCAAAAAAGGACCAUUCAGCUUCCUCUCCUCCCUUUCCCAUCCCCUCUGUAUUUUAGUAGGCCCAUCUCCUUUCUCUCCCCGCCAGCAGCCCUUUGCUUGUCCUCCAAUCACACAGAUUAAAAGAUCACACCGAGUGAUCCCAAUGCCGGCCACCACUUCGACUGCCACCUCUCGCCUCUGUCUCCUGUUUGUGGAGGAACCGCAGAGUGGUCACCUCCCCUACGACCUCACUACAUCCAUUUUUAUUUUUCGUUUCUUCUGUUUUCCACAAUCAGUGUUGUUGUUUUUUUAAUAUGUGGGGGCAGGAGGGAUUUUGAUGUUUUAUUUGUCUUUUUUUAUUUCCGAUAUGGGAGAGAAGGUGUGUGAGAGCAACUUUUCCUCAUUUAGGCUUAACAAAGCACAUCUCAUGGCGUCCUGACCUCCCUCUUGUUCCCUUCUGUCUCUCACAGCCCUCCUCUCCCUUUCCCUCCUGUCCCAUUUGUCUCUGUUUGUGUGCACAGUGUGAACCAUUGUCGUUGUUAAUAACUAUUACAGUACAUCCCCUUCACCCCAAGUUGGUAAAUCAACUCAAUCUUUCUGUGUGCUCUAGGAAAUCUAUAUAAUUCUAUUCCUGAAUUUAAAUGAGACAAUAAAAAAAAAAAUAUGUUGAAAAGCAAUGCAAGAGAGACAUUCAUGAAGAGCAUAAACACACUAUUGGUCAGGAUCUGUGUCUCUCUUUUUGUAUUUUCUUUGUUUUUUUCUUUUUUUUUUUUUUUUUUUUUUUUUUUUUGCUGGUUUCUCAAGAGGCUAAUCUUCGGUGUAACAGCAAAGCAGGGUGUCAGGUUGUGUUUAUCAAACCAAAAGGCUUCAGGUUUCCCAUCAAGGCAUGUGUGCAGGUAUGAUGUGGUGAAAGUUUUCUGCGAUGUAGUUCGAGUGGCGACAGUAUGAGUCCAUGCGCCUGGAGCCCUUCUUACAGGACCCAGGUCCUGAUCCCGAUCAGUCCGGCUCGGAUCUGUGCACACUUGCGUGUUGGAGACCAGUCGAAGGGGGCCAGCAGUCUCAGCUGGGUCCAUCCCAGACCACAGAAAGGGAUGAGAUUGAUGAAGAAAAAAUACAGUCAUACAAAACUUGUAGAAAUAUUGUGUGUCAAAUAAAUGAAACCAACACCAAUAAAACAUCUAGAACAUUUAAUACAACCUAAA